GUGGAGACUUCCCAGCAACCUAUCAGGGAGCCGUUGCCCUUGGCAACCAUGUCCAUCAGCCAUUCCCGUCCAAUGAGCGGCGGGGCCGGGCGGAGUCCAGGUGCGCCUUGGCGUCCACUUGGCAGAGAGCCGGAGAGACGCCCGUGGCGAAAAGAGUAACUGUCAAAUGCGAGGUUCCUUUAAUAAGAGCGAUCAGUCCGGCUCCGAGAGUCAUGGCGACCACAGCGUCUAAUCACUACAACAUACUCACCUCCAGCGCAUCCAUUGUGCACUCGGAGCCCGGUAGCAUGCAGCAAGCCACGGCGUACAGGGACGCGCAGACCCUGUUGCAGAGCGACUACUCCCUGCAGAGCAACAGUCAUCCGCUCAGCCACGCACACCAGUGGAUAACGGCGCUGUCGCACGGAGAGGGGGCUCCGUGGUCCUCCAGCCCCCUCGGUGAGCAGGACAUCAAACCCGCGGUGCAAGGCACCCGCGACGACAUGCACAGCUCCAGCAACCUGCAGCACCAGCCGCGGCCGCCCCACCUGGUGCACCAGUCGCACGGGAACCAUCACGACGGGCGGGCGUGGAGAACUACGACCGCGGCUCACAUACCGAGCAUGGCAACGUCCAACGGCCAAAGCCUUAUUUAUUCACAACCGGGAUUCAGCGUUAACGGCUUGAUCCCGGGCAGCGGACAGGGAAUGCACCACCACAACCUAAGAGACAGUCAUGAGGACCACCACAGCCCCCAUCUCAGUGACCACGGCCACCCGCCGUCCCAGCACCAGCAGCAGAGCCAUCACGACCACUCGGACGAGGACACGCCGACUUCGGACGACUUGGAGCAGUUUGCCAAACAGUUUAAGCAGCGGCGGAUCAAGCUGGGCUUCACGCAGGCUGACGUCGGACUCGCCUUGGGGACGCUGUAUGGAAAUGUCUUUUCCCAGACCACCAUUUGCAGGUUCGAGGCCCUGCAGCUCAGCUUCAAAAACAUGUGCAAGCUCAAACCUUUGUUGAACAAGUGGUUGGAGGAGGCGGAUUCGUCCUCGGGCAGCCCGACCAGCUUGGACAAAAUCGCUGCCCAGGGGAGGAAAAGGAAAAAACGGACCUCUAUCGAGGUAAGCGUAAAGGGGGCUUUGGAGAGCCAUUUUUUAAAGUGCCCUAAACCAGCAGCGUCGGAAAUUACAACACUGGCGGACAGUCUACAGUUAGAGAAAGAAGUGGUGAGGGUUUGGUUUUGUAACAGGAGACAGAAAGAGAAACGGAUGACCCCUCCCGGAGGACCUCUCCCUGGAAGCGACGAUGUGUACGGGGACACGCCGCCGCAUCACGGAGUUCAAACCCCGGUCCAGUGA